CUACCCGCGGGAGUCCGUUCUUUGCAAUUUUGGUGUAUCACUGAAACCCUAGAAGAAGUUGAACCGAACGUUUGAGUUGUUUCAGUAGCGCCCGCUCAUUCAAUACUCACAUCUCCGGAGUUGCUGUUGCUGUUGCUGCUUGCUUACUCUUCACAAGCUACCAUUUCAUACAAGAAUUUUUACUCGGGGUGAAGAAUCAUUCUCUGGUUAAUGGCGUCCGAUAGAAUCAGUGGGCUUCCCAACGACGUCAUCGACAACAUUCUUGAACGCUUGCCUUUGCCAGAUGUGGUGAGAACUAGCGUACUCUCCAAAGAAUGGAGGUAUAAGUGGUCAACAAUUCCGCAUCUGAAUUUCGAUUGGGACUUCAUGCAAUUUUUGCCUUUUCCAUGCCCCCGUGAAUGUGUCAUUUCUCACAUAUUGCUAUUGCACGAGGGAUCCAUAGUCAAGUUUUCACUUGCACAUAAUCUUUACCAUCUCCAUACGGGUUUGGAUAGAUGGCUCCAGUUCUUGAAAAGCAAAAGUGUUGAGGAGUUAUCACUAUCACUCAAUUCUGUCAGCUGUCUAUAUGCCAUUCCCAAUGAUCUUUAUAGUUUUCAUCUCCUCAGGCACCUGGUGCUUGUUGAUGUUGACAUCAAUUUGCCUCCUUCUUUCCAAGGUUUUAGUGCGCUGGUCGAACUAAGUCUUAGGAAUUCCUGGAUCUCCUCUGAAGGUUUGCACAUGUUUAUUUCUAAAUGUCCAAAGCUUGAGCGCUUGUCUCUUAGUGACAUGCAUGGCAUCACAACAUUUUGGUGCCAUGAUGUUGAAGCUCCUAUGAUCAAAUACUUGAAGCUUGGACAUCUUGAUUGCAAACUACCUCCUACUUUCAAUGGUUUCAGUUUGCUCGCUAAACUUGAGCUUUGGGUAGUCCAAAUCACCGAACAAGAAUUGCAAAGGCUUGUAUCCGAAUGCCCAUUGCUUGAGUCGGUGUCUAUUGAAGGGUGUUUUGAACAAAUUGCAUCUUGUCAUCUUGAUAUUAAUGCUACUAAUCUCAAACGCUUAAGGCUUGAUUGUGUUGAUUUCACACCUACUUUUGAAGGAUUUAGUAGGCUUAUCCGACUUGAACUUACUUAUGUCCAAAUUACUCCUGAAGAUUUGCGAAGUGUUAUUUCAAAAUGUCCCAUGUUUGAGUGCUUGUCUAUUAACCAGUGCUUUGCACCAACCACAGUUUGGUUCCUUGAUAUAGAUGCUCCGAAUCUUAGAGCCUUGUAUCUUAACCGUACUGACAUCAAAAUUCUCCCUACAUUCAGCGGUUUUAAUAGGCUUGACAGUCUUUCUCUUGUAGAGCUCCGCAUUGAUACUAAAGAGUUGCACAUGUUUUUAUCAAAAAGUCCGAUGCUUGAAUUAUUGAUUAUUGAUAAGUGCAAUGACCAAAACACAUUUUGGCCCCUCAACAUUGAUGCUCCAAAUCUUCGGGCUUUGUAUUUAGUUGGUUUCUUCAGUUCAAUUUGUUUGAGAAAGACAAGAUCUGUUGAAGAACUUUCUGUCAAAUUUCCGUAUUAUGGUUUAUCUAGUAGAGGAGCUCAGUAUGGAAAUUUUAGAUAUCCUGGGACAAUUGGAGAUGGGAGUAACCUGAUCAAGUUUCUUGGUCAGCUUCCAUAUCUUGUAAAACUGGAAGCUGGAAUUUCCUUUAUACAGUUCUUGGCUCUUGGUGGUGUGCCGCAAGAACUUCCUUUCAAGCUCAACAAUUUGAUGACGAUUGAACUAAGAGAAAUGGACUUUGGAAUCUUGACCGUUGUCGCUUGUGUUGUUUGCUUGAUUAGAAGCUCCCCUAUCUUGCACAACCUUGAUAUUACAUUUGAUCAAUGGAAGUCUAUGAGGUGGAGUCCAAUGAGAGCUGAACAGAUGUAUAAAGCAGUCGAAUAUCUGAAAGGCGAACAAAAGCAAAAUAUUCUUUGCAAAAACCUAAAGACUGUGAGUAUUUUGGGGUUUGAUGGUGUUGAAUCAGAAGUAGAAUUUGUGAAGCUUCUUCUAUUGUGGGGGACUAAACGUGAACAAUUGGAAGUAAAUUCUCAUUCUUUGACUAAAAGAUUAGACACGCUAGAAGAAUUGAAGAGGUUCUAUUGGGAGUCAUCUUCCAAAGCUAUAUUUUUCAUAAAUAACCACCGUGUGUGAAAUUUUAUCUUGGGCAUGAACAUACUCUUCAUCUUUGCUUUUGUUUUAGUAUUUUUGUUAUGGCUUCUUCAUCUUAGGAUGUUACGAUUUGUGCUAAUGUAGUAGUUGUAUAUGAUUUUGUUUCCAAUUUCUUGAUAUUUUGCAGAUUAUUCGCCAUUAUUUGGA